AUGGACUGCAUUGACGUCUGCUACAAGACUGUCGGCUCCCACCCAAUCUACCUCAACGUCUACCCUCCCAAAGACCUGAUCCCCGGUCAACGGUUACCAGCGCUCAUCUACUUCCACGGUGGCGGCCUCACGGUCGGAACUAGGACAAGCUGGUUCCCCACCUGGCUAACCACAAGACUGGCCGCAUCGGGCAUCGUUUUUAUCUCGGCUGCCUAUCGGCUCUUUCCUCAGGCGACCCUGCACGACAUUGGCGAUGACGUCAAAGACAUCUUCACAUUCUUGUCCAAGAAGGACUUAUCAUUCAGAGCAGAGAGUGGGCAGUUGUUUGGAGUUGAUGCAGAGCGGAUUGGUGUCGCUGGGACUAGCGCAGGCGGGACUUGCGCCUAUCUCGCCGCAAUCCACGCCGUUCCAAGGCCAAAAGCCGUGUUGGGGAUAUACGCGAUGUUGGGCAACGCUUUCUCUGCCCAUGUCCUCACUCCCAAAACCGCAAUAUUUUCGCGUGGACGCGAGCUGCUCGAUCCUGCCAAAUUCGCCCACCUCCUCUACCCAGGCUAUCUCUCCGACACGACAAUAACCACUGAAUCCGAAUUGGCCUACCUCCCCGCGGACUCCCCCACUCCCGGUUGGCCCGCCAACCCCCGCAUGCCGCUCUCCCGCUUGUAUCAACAGCUUGGCACAAUGCUCGACUACUGCACCGGCCUCCACAGCCCCAGCCUCUCUGCAUCUCUCCGGCCGCUCCUCGCAGAGUACCCGGCAGAAUCCGACGCGCUUGCGCUCCACGACGCGGUUUUGGCCUCUGGACUCGUCCCCGGCGACCAACACGUGAUCAUACCCCAGUUCAACAUUUCGCGCGACUUCCCCCCGACAUAUUUGUGGCAUGGCGCGCUGGACACCGCCGUUCCGUGUGCCGAAUCACGCGUCAUGGGUGCGCUGCUGGAGCGGGCCGGUGUCCCAGUCACGCUCCGUGUUGUCGAAGGGGUCGACCACUCGUUUGACUAUGUGCCAGACGCGGAGGAGCGGUAUGGGCACUAUUUUGACGAGAUGGUGCAGUUUUUGAAGACAAAUCUGGGUUAA